UGAAAGGAGGAAGCAUGCUGAGAGGCAAUCUAGCAUUGCGUCUGCCCUCCCCUGCUGUCUUCAACAGUUUGAAAGUAACUGUCAGUCUAUCGCAAACAGUUUAAGCAAGGCGGUGUUACCCUCAGGACUUAAAAGCAGAAAAGGAUCCUUUGAGAAUGUCAAGCUCUUUAGUCGUGUGUGAAGUGGAUGAAAGUCUGAAAGAUAAACUGAAAAAGUUUAGAUUUCGAAAAGAGACCAGCAAUGCUGCCAUACUAAUGAAAAUAGACAUGGAGAAACAGCUCGUUAUUCUUGAGGAGGAAUAUGACGACAUCUCAAUGGAUGACUUAAGGAAUGAACUUCCAGAGCGGCAGCCCAGAUUCAUUGUCUACAGCUACAAAUAUGUCCAUGAUGAUGGCAGAGUGUCUUACCCGCUGUGUUUCAUAUUCUCCAGUCCCGUGGGGUGCAAGCCAGAGCAGCAGAUGAUGUAUGCAGGAAGCAAGAAUCGACUGGUCCAAACUGCAGAGCUCACAAAGGUGUUUGAAACAAGAAACCCUGACGACUUGACAGAAGAAUGGCUGAAGAGCCACCUGUCAUUUUUUCGCUGAAUGUACAUCUUCUGCAUCUCCAAAAGGUUCCUUUAUGAAACAAGGCUGUCAGUUUAAUGUCCAUCUGGUGUGUAUGGAAUUGUUAAUAAACAUUUUAAUCAAAACAGCUUUGUCAGUUCUGCAUUUAAAUCAGUCAUUUUAGAUAUUUUUUUUCAGAUAAACAAAUCCAAUACUAUAAGAUCAGCUGUACUAAUUACAGCACAUACAGGUUAAAUUCAUGAAAAUACUCAAGAGGUUCCCAAAUCAGAAAAAGACGCAGAAAAAGAACAAAGUCUGGUCAGAGUUUUUUUUUGUUUUUUUUUUAUAGAAAAUGUCAUCUACAAUGUAUUACCUGCUUUGAGAGCCCACAUGCUUUACACUAUUCCCACUCCAAAGGCAUUUCAAGAGUGGAAAUCAUUUAAGAGUGGAAAACGUUUUGGGGUUUUUUUGUUUUUUUUUUUUUAACAUGAUCCUGUAAUGACCAUCUGGCAAACAAUAUAGAGGAAUGGCAUACAAAUAGCAACUAGAGUUAAAUCUACAAAUAAAAAC